UCUCAAACACUAUGAACUAAAACCAAAUUAUGGUUCCUGAUCAAACAUCCACACCAAACCCCACAAAAUUGUCGAGCGAAAUAAGACGUUUUGUUUCUCGGGGUGCGUAUAGAGAAUCCUUUUCUAUUUAUAUCUCAGCCCGUCGUUCUGGGAUUUCUCUCCUUUGCGGAAUCCCAUUGCUUCUCAAAGCUUGUGCUUCCCUCGCUACCCUUCUCGAUGGGAUGGCUCUGCACGCAGAAUGCUUGAAGAUGGGUGUAUUGUUUGAUGUAAUGGUGGGUACCUCUUUGAUUCAUAUGUACGGUAAAUGUGAUGAUAUUAUUGCUGCUCGUAAAGUUUUUGAUUACAUGCCUAAGAGAAAUGUGGUUACUUGGAAUGCAUUGUUAGGUGGGUAUAUGAGGAAUCACGAUACUAAUUCUGCAUCUGUUUUGUUUGAUCAAAUGUCUGUUAAGAGUGUGAUUACAUGGAAUGAAAUGAUCGAUGGAUAUGCUAGAAAUGGAGAUAUUCUAACUGCGAGGAAAAUGUUUGAUCAGGUACCAUCAGAGAUGAGGAGUGUGGUGACUUGGACUGUACUGGUUGAAGCUUAUGUUAGAAAUGGGGAAAUGGAGUCUGCACGGGAAGUGUUUGAUAAAAUGCCAGUGAGAAAUUGUUUUGUUUGGUCAUCCAUGGUUUCUGGGUAUUUCAAGAAGGGUGAUAUUCAAGCUGCUAAAGCGAUUUUCAUGAGGAUUCCUGAUAGGAAUUUAGUGAAUUGGAACUCCUAUAUUUCUGGGCUUUCUCAAAAUGGACAUUCUCAGGAAGUUUUCGAUUCUUUUGAAGAAAUGUUAGCUCAGGGAUUUAAGCCAGAUGAAAUCACAUUGGUGAGUGUAUUAUCAGCUUGUGCCCAAUCUGGACAAUUGGGUUUUGGAAAAAGAAUACAUAACAUGAUAAUACAUAUGGGAAUUAAAUUGAAUCGUUAUGUCCAGAACGGUUUAAUUGACAUGUAUGCGAAAUGUGGCGAUUUAAAAACUGCUAGUUUGAUUUUCGAGAAUAUAUUAUCAUACAAGAACGUAACAGCUUGGAAUGCUAUGAUCACAGGUUUCGCUGUAAAUGGCUAUUGCAAGGAAGCUUUAGAGUAUUUUAGAAGAAUGGAGGCUUCAACCGAAGAGUUGGAUGGUAUCACAUUCCUUUCUGUCUUCUCGGCUUGUGCGCAUGGUGGAUUCGUGGAGGAAGGUUUGGAAAUAUUUUGGAACAUGGAGAAACAUCGUGUAACAGCGGAUGUUAGACACUAUGGUUGUAUUAUUGACCUUCUUGGAAGGGCAGGGAGAUUGGAAGAGGCUUAUGAAUUGAUAAUAAGGAUGCCCAUGAAUCCAAAUGACACAGUUUGGGGUGCCCUUCUAGGAGCUUGUAGGAUCCACUCAAACAUAGUUAUGGCAGAUAAGGUUAUGGAUGAGAUAGGAAAACUUGAUUCAUACUUAAACUCAAAAUCUUGUAAAGAUCCACAUUAUUUGUCGCUUUCAAAUAUAUACGCGGCUGCUGAUGAUUGGGAGAAAGCUGAAGGGAUGCGGAAUAUUAUGUCCAUUAAGGGACUUCAAAAAGUUCCAGGAUAUAGUGUUCAUUUAUGAUUUGAUUAUACUAAAAGAAACUCAAAUCCUGUAUUUCAUACACACCCUUACAACCACAACAAUUAUCGAGUUCAAUUUCGCAUUGUCUCCAGAUUUUUCAGAACUCUUGGCACGCCAAAUGUGACACCAUAUGGCCCAGUUAAAGGAAAUUAAUAAACUGUUACUAACAACAGUCAUUGUCCAACUGAUUCAAAAAGAAUGGGACAUUACUUAUUUUAAGUUAAUAUGAGUAAAUGCUCUGCAAAUUCAUAUGCCUAUUCAGCUGAGAAAUUCGUCUACCUGUUGUCUUUAUCCACAAGGAAUGAUAUUGUUUUCUAUAAAUAUAAAGAGAUGGUUUUUUCAAGAUUGGCAAUAGUACCUGUAAAACCACUACCUGGGGUGACUGAAAAUUGUUGGCUUUGAUAAUGUAAUGAGAUAGUUCUUUCUUCACUAGCAUCUUCCAUUUUUUUUCUUUUGUAACUCCAUUAGGUGCAAAAUGGGAAGAUGGGAAGAUGGGCCAGAGCAAGACUCUUCUGAGUCUUCACUUUCAAUUGGGUCAUGUCGAAGACGAAAGAUUCAUAUCAGAAAAAGGCUUGCUGGAAAGAGUAAAUCGUUAGGUAUGUAUCUCUCCAUUCUCCACCCCUCAAAAUAGCAUC